AUGCUGCGUCAGCAACUUCCCCGGCGUCCCAAUGGGCUUACCAUCCGCUUCCCAACGCCCACACUCCGCCGCGGCAAUUCAGCUAACCUUCAACACAGAUCUUCGCUAAGCUAGUGAGUGAGUAGUCUCGCGAGCUGCCUCGUCACGCUGGCAGUCGUAUCACGACUCGCGCCCCGUUCCCCACCAAAGCACACUCAAGGGGGCGAAGAUGGCUUCGGCAGCAACAGCACCUGUUGCGGACCCAAGAUGGAAGACGCUAAUCGCAAAGAGCAUAGCUGAAAAUAUCAAGAAUGAUGGCUCUGUAUGUGAGUAUCAGAAGCUGGGAUUGGUCGCCUUGAUGUUGAUUUUGCGCUUGCGAGACGACUCGCUGACGCUCGCAUUCUUCUGGGGUGGGGAGGGCAGUGUACUACGCACUUUCGACCGUGAUCCCAGGUUCUCCACCCACUCCUCAAGUCCGAUACGUCGUUCACCGAGGCUUCGUGAACGAGAAGAGAGCAGAUACGCCAGAGGGUGUAGAGCCGGCGCUGGAUGGGUUCGGCUGUGGAACGGCGCUUUUGACCACGACGGACGUUAGGGCUCCCAAAGCACAACAGAUUCGGGACAGCAUAGAAAGGACGGGAAGCGCUCAGGCUCAGAUUGCUUGGUGGCACGAUCCCUCAAAGCUGCAGGUUAGUGCGCAGAAGCGGAGGACGCUGCGACAAUGCUACCAAAAGGUGCCCAUUGGCUGACCUCGAAGGUGCUACCCGAUAGUUUCGAAUCACGGGCACUUUGCACCUCGUGCCGCAUGCCAAUCAUCCAACACUUCGUUCUUUGCCCGCCGAAGCCGCCCCGCCGAGCAUCUCCGGUCAAUCAUGGGAUUGGCAACAAGAGCGCAAGAGAAUCUUUGAAAAGCUCAGCCCUUCCCUGUUGGCUUCCUUUGCCAGACCCACACCCGGCUCCGAUCAUCCUCAAGGCAAUUCUCGCGGAGACGGACCUGGCGAGGGAGAAGGCAAAGGCGAUGCAAGCCCUUGGCCUUUGGAACUACCAAGGCCUACAGACGAAAGAAUCACCGAUGAACAAAAGAAGCUGCUAGAGAAGAGCAAUGAGAAGUGAGUCGUUCGAGACAGGCCCUUUCGGCCCUCGGCCCCCGGCCCUUCUCUGCGUUCAAGAGUGUCAUUUCUCGAGCCUUGUCUUUUCUGACCCUCACGUCGGCCUCUACAUCUCGAUGACUGCUAAAUCUCUCUCCAGCUUCGCGCUCGUGGUCCUGCUACCUCGCCAAGUGGACGUGGUCGACCUCGACCGAGACAGACGGAGCAUGUUCCAGCGCAAAAGCGAGGGCACUGGCAAAGGAGCUCACGAGGAGUGGGAGGAGACGCGCGUAGUGCCUUGA